UGCUUUUCGGACAACUGCGCGCGUAAGAAAAUAAAAUGAAAGUAUUACGAUUUCAUCAUUUACUGAGCUUUCAAAUCUAUUAAAGCCUUGAAUUGAUACAUGUCAAUAUUCUGUUUAUUACCAAAAUAACGAUAGAUUACCAAAUCAUGUUACUUUUAUCACAAUAAAUUCGCGGAGUAAUUAUUUCGUCUGCUAUAAAUAGUGCGUCAGUCAUGUGAUUUUUAUUCUUGAUCAAAAUGUCGAAAUAUCUGGUUGUGUUUUUGUGCACUCUUGCAUCUGGCCUGGCUUUCCCCCAGGAUCUGAUGCUUGAACCUGUAGCUGAGCCAGGCGAUGGCAAACACUGGGCACUUAUUGUGGCAGGCUCAAGGGGGUGGUUCAACUACAGACAUCAGGCCGAUGCCUGCCAUGCCUACCAGAUCAUGAAGAAACAUGGUAUUCCUGAUGAGAGAAUUGUUGUCAUGAUGUAUGAUGACAUUGCAAAUAACAGAGAGAAUCCUACUCCAGGCAUUGUGAUCAACAGACCAGGGGGUGAUGAUGUCUACAAAGGGGUCCCUAAAGAUUACACAGGGAUGGACGUAACUCCAGAAAAUUUCUUGAAUGUUCUUCAAGGAAAUGAAGAAGCCAUGAAGAACAAAGGCAGUGGAAAAGUCAUUAAAAGCGGCAAGAAUGAUCGUGUGUUUGUCAAUUUUGUGGAUCAUGGUGCCACUGGAUUGGUCGCAUUCCCAAGUGGAUUGCUUCAUGCCAAGGAUUUAAAUCAAGCAAUUAAAAGCAUGUACGAAGCCAAGAAAUAUGCACAAAUGGUAUUCUACAUUGAGGCCUGUGAAUCUGGGUCCAUGUUUGAAAAUCUCCUUGCCAAAGACAUAAAUGUGUUUGCCACAACUGCUUCUAAUGCCAAGGAGUCCUCAUAUGCCUGUUACUUUGACAAGAAGCGCAGGACUUACCUUGGGGAUGUCUACAGUGUCAAGUGGAUGGAAGACUCUGAUAUGGAAAACUUGAACACAGAAACCCUGCAGAAGCAGUUCAAGAUUGUGAAGAAGGAGACCAACACGAGUCAUGUCAUGGAAUAUGGAGAUAUGGCAAUAUCCAGUGAACCUGUAGCUGACUUCCAAAGUGGUGAAGAUUUUGUCCCAUUCCACAAAGAAAAACUUCCUCCAGUAGAGCUAAAUGCGGUUCCCUCUGAAGAGGUCCCCCUAGCUAUACUCUACCAUUCUCUUGAAGAUGCCACAUCAGAAAGUCACAAAGAAAGCAUACUGCAACAGAUCAGGGACAUUCAGGACCUCCAUGAAUCCGUGAAAACAACUGUAAAGCAUAUUACUGCCCUGACAACCAAUGACCAUGUUAAGACAGAGAAGUUGAUCUCCGUACGUCACACUCUCCUGAGCCACGACUGCUACAUGCCAGCUGUAGAUGCCUUCAAUGAUAAAUGCUUCAACUUGUCAGAGAAUGACUACGCUUUGAGACAUCUGUAUGUCCUCGUGAACUUGUGUGAAGAGAGGUAUUCCUCUAGCACGAUCAUAGAAGCCAUCCAGAAAACAUGCGCCUAAAUUCAGAUAUUAUUUCUGACGUGGUUGUGACAUUGUGUCAGAUGCUACAUCUGUUAUUGUGUAUUGUUUGACACUACUGCAAUGUCAAUCUGUAUGACAUCAGUUUUGUAUUUGACACCAUUGUGACAUCAUCUCUGUGAUGUCAUAUUGAACUACAUUAUGAUGACAUCUCUUACACACAUACCACCAUUUGAUCAUUCCAUUGUAAUUAAUGACAUUUCUGUCCCAAUUAUGCUCACUAUAAAGUUUAAAACUUUGAAGACCAAAUUGACAGUAUAACACAAAUGAUUUACAACAUAUUAGGCCAACGAUGAGAUUCAUUCACAUCCUGGCGUAUGGGUGCAAAUUGUGUUAUUCUGAUACUCUGGCCUUGAUAAUAACACCUCCUGAUAGACUAACUCAGUGUAAAGUUAUAUAUUCAGAAAAGAUAUAUAAAGAUAUAUGGAGUAUAAAGUACUCAUAGUCAGUGCAAUACAGUGUAUAUAAAGCUUUAUAUUUUAUUAAUGAAUUCAGAAAUAAUGUAAUAAUGUAAAUGAUGCAGUGUCACUUCUCGCCAUAAUUUGACUCAACUACGAUAUAUGCAAUAUGUUAUGAAUCUAUAUGUUGAUCUGUAGUUGAAUUAGUAAAUGUAAUGAUUAUUUUUAUAUACAUAAUGUACAUGUAUCACAGUGUUCUGUUUUACAUUAGGAUUAUACCAUUUAAUUGUAUAGUCAGAAUUUUACUUGUAAAAUGAAUUAAUAACACACACAGUGUACUUACUGCUUAUAUUUUAAUUUUAUAAGUAUAAAUAAAAUAAAUUCAUAAUGCUUUACAAAA